AGUAAACUGAGACCUGCAACAUUUCAUUUACAGCACUGGCCGCCAAAUCGCAUUGUCUCGCUUGACUCACGCAAUUAUUACCAGGGUGGCGGGCGGGCGAACCGCAAAAUCGAGACCUAAAUACCAACUGCCCUGACAGCCCGAUAAUAAGGGGAGGGGCUAAAGUGGAAGCACCCGUUCGUGCCGCAACUGGAGCUGCCUGGAACCGGGAACCGAGAAGCUAGAGGCGUCGGCAAUGAAGACAGGUGGAAUUUGACGAAAGCCCAUCCACUGACCGAAAAUGGAUCUUCUCGAGACACAGGUCAGCGACUUGCGCUCCUUCCUCGGCGCCGGAGGGCUGCCUUCUGCAACAACAUCCACCGCUACCACCUCUUCAUCCCCAAACGCCAUAGGUACAGCUGCUGCGGCUAUUCGGCAAGGAAUGCCUGGCUCAACACCGGGAGCCUCUGGAGGCGCUUUGGGUCUGGGUUCAAUGUCGGUGGCAGGGCUGACAGGUGGCCAGGGUGGGAUGCCAUCAUCGAGUGCCGCCUUGUCGCCGCAUUCAUCUACUGGAUACUCACUCCCGAAUCCGAACCCUUACAACACUCACCACCACAGCCAAGUGCAACAGCACCUUCAUCCGCUCCAGAGUCACCAGCGAGACUUUGGGUCUCACGACCUCGCUUCCGGUCCUAUGAGGACGGCUGAAAGUACAAACCAUGGCCCCCCCCGACCAUCGAUCGCUGGUAGCACAACCGCCUCCCUCACCAACCCUCAUGAUCCCUACCGUCGCAACUCGUCCGUGUACUCCCCGCGCGGUGACCAUUCCGCUCAAAAUGACAUGAACCCCAUGAACUACGACUCCCCGGCAGCACAGUCGGAUACCCAAGAUCACCCUACCGGAACAGCAUCUCGGAACAACAGCACUACCUCGGGCAGUGCCGCUAAGCGCAAGGCUGGCGAUGACGAUGGCGCUUCAAGCUCUACUAAGCAACAGCGGAGUAAAAGAAAUAGGUACAUUUCGAUAGCAUGCAACGAGUGCAAGCGCCGCAAGAUCAAGUGCAAUGGCCAAACCCCUUGUCAGCGAUGCGGCCAUCUCAAUCUCCAGUGUCUCUAUGCGCCCAACUGUUGCUCGCACAGCCUCAAGGAUUCGGACGAGUUUAAACAGAUGGCCGACCAAGUGAGCCGUCUUCAGGAUCAGGUCGAAACUCUCUUCAGCAACAUGAGUGCCUUGCGCCAGGAAGCCCUACGUCUCGCCCCCAUUCACGACCGCAUCUUGCCACCGCCUUCCGCGACAGUUACUCCCUCGCCAUCGACAGCCUCCAUGCCCCAGUUUCCUAGGCCUCUCGCCCCUUUGCGACCACCAUCGACGUUUAAUGGACCGACCAGCAUCGCCUUUACCAUGGAUGUGGCCAAAAACACCCUGCACAACAUGGGAUACGCCGGUGCCAGUGAGGCACUCGACGACAGUGGUGACAGUGGCGACGGCAACAGCGGCGCACAGGCCGAACCAACACCGCGUACAUCACCGACACCACUACCCCCGAUGCAGCCAUCCCCCUAUCAAAGACAGAUCGAUCCACUGUGGGAGUUUGACAAGGCCGAAAUGAUCCGACUUUGCAAGCUGCACGAGGAGGAAAUCAGUGUCAUGUAUCCUGUUAUGAAGAUGGAGAGCACGAUUCGACAUGCGACCGAGGUCUCUGAGUGGAUGGAAAAAUCGAAAAGACAAGGCUUGGUUCCACCGGCAGGCCAAGGCGAGGCUUUCACCGACGACAGGUCGCUUCUACUGAAGAUUGUUCUAUGCUGUGCCUUGGUUAUCGAGGAGCACGGAAACAGCGCGAAGGCAGCUCGGCUGUACGAAUCCAUCGAGGCUGUCACCAUGAAGACGUUGAUGGGUGGGCUUGACGAUGUCGUCAAGUUACCCUAUUUAGCUCUUGUCGCCGGCUACAAGUUCUUUUCUAACGACGAGCUUGCGGCCUGGCGUAUCAUGGGCCAACUCAUGCGGCUAUGCUUCGAACUGGGUCUCCACCGGCGAGAUGGAAUUGAUAAGGUCACCGACCCUCAGGACAGGCGGAACGCUAUUAACACGUUUUGGAUCGCCUAUGUGCUGGAGAGGAGGUGGAGCUUUGCCACUGGUUUGCCCUUUGUGUGCGACGAUGCCAAGAUUGACCCAAAGCUGCCCUACCCGGACGAUAACCCGUUCUUGCUGGCCAUGAUCACCUGGUCCAGGUUGGCUGCCAAGACCUGGAAGUUGGUAGAUUAUUUCGAGCCGGCCGUCAUCCGUGAACUUAAGCCUAGCGACUUCGAAGAGCUGGACCGCAAGAUCAUUGACUGGUAUAGCAGUAUCCCUGAAGAAAUCCAGAUCAAUUCGCCGCUUGAACCACUUAAGAAGCCCAUAGGGGAUACCCAACGCUUGCAGAUCUGGACCCGACUGAGGCUCAACCAGAUACGCAUCUGGCUGUAUACCCCAAUACUGCACAGCGCCAUCAGCAUCGCCGAGAACAUGCAGUUUGCGUGCAGGGCCGUCGACCUAGCCAAAGAGACAAUUCAUUAUCUGACAGCUCUCAACGCCACUACGAAUAUCUACCGCCGCAUGCAAAUGUUCGGCCACCAGUUCCUCACCUCCGCCAUAGCCGUCUUGUUCCUCGCUUCAACUCACGCACCACUCCAAUUCAGCGCCUCCUGCCGCAAGGAAUUUUACAUGGCUCUUGAACUGGUCAAGAUUAUGUCGGCAAAGUCAUGGGUGUCGCGACGGAUAUGGCGCACGAUUGGGUCCCUAAAGAAGUACGCUGCUCGGUUGGGAAUGGAAGAAGACAACUCGAACACUUCGAACCCGACGACCCGCAACAGCACUAUGGCCAGGCCACUCGGGCGCUUCCAAGACAACGCUGCCGGCGGUAGUCCAGCGAGCAGUGUGUACAGCCCUGGUGGCACCGCAACAUACGCCGGAGGAGGGCCGUUUGGCCGCUCCGACGCCAUUUCUCAAGGGACCAGAGGCGGCGGACUUGCCUCGCCUGCCUCAACUCCGGCGGCUCAUCAGAACCAGACCCAAGGAUCGUCGCCGGAUGAUCCGACCAACGGGCUCAGGCUACAUACUGAGAUGUCGCGCAUCUUUGAGCAUUGGCAAGGUGGUCUGGCGCCGGGACGGACGCGAGUGAAUCGGAUUCACUCACCCGAUGUGUCUUUGGGCGGCGCUGGAGGCGGUGGGCACUCUUCCAACCUGACGAGCUCUCAUGAUGUUGGUAUGGCUGGGAGGGCAUCCACGGGAAGCCCUGCGUCUUCUAACGGGGCUGGGGUGUACCAGCAACUGAGGGAUAUGUUCUAGAUGUGGAAUCUGAGGUUGCUAAGCUUGAGGGCGACUGCUUUACCGUUUAAAAGAGUCAUGUACAUGAUACCCAUAACAUUGGAUAGUUCGAGAGUUUUGAAUAGGUAGUAAUGAACACAAGUCCGAGCUGAGCUGCUCCUCGGAAAAAUAGUGCAACUUAUAAAUCA